GUCGACCGUUACAUUUCCAAUGCUGUGAUCUCUCGCCCUGUGUGUGUGUGUCUGUGUGAGAAGCAAAUCCACGGCACAGACUGAGUGAACAUCCAGCUAGCUAACUGCAUCAUCUAACCAUGCCCAAGUCAAAAGAAGUGUUGUCCUCCACCUCAGGCAGCGACUCUGACAGUGAAGUCGAAACAAAGGCUAAGAGGAAGAAGACAACCAAAGAGGAGAAACCAGCAAAAAAACAGAAGGGCGGCGAGAGCUCCAAGCCAAGCGGCUCCUCAAAGAGCGAUAACAAUGCUGGCGACAACAUGUUUCAGAUUGGGAAGAUGCGAUAUGUCAGCGUCAGAGAUUUCAAAGGAAAGGUGUUGAUUGACAUUAGGGAAUACUGGACGGACCAAUCAGGUGAAAUGAAACCUGGCAAAAAAGGUAUCUCGCUGAACCCAGAGCAGUGGAACCAGCUGAAGGAACAAAUGUCGGACAUCGAUGACGCAAUAAGAAGAUUAUAAAAUUCGUCUGUGUUUCGGUGGGAGGGCUGGGUGGGGCAGAGUGUUUUUAGAGUUUCUGUUUUUUGGCAUCUGGGUGCAAAAAAAAAAAAAAGGAAAAAAAAGAUUUGUGUGGUUGUUUUUUUUUCUUUUUUUCCUUGAGCUUGUUUGCUAGGGAUGCACCAAUCCCAGCCUAUUUCUUUUUUCUCUCCUCCUUUCCAUUUUCAAUACGACUUUAAUAUAAGCUCUGUAGUUACUGAUGAUCCCCUAUGACAGCCACCGAGCUGAUUUAUAAUUUUUUUUCUUUUUUUUUUCCUUCUCUUUUUGCAAGCCUUUGUUUAAUAAGAGAUAUGUUCGUGUGUGAUAUCUGCGUGUCAAUCAAUGCAGCAAGCGUUCAUGGCGAUCAUGGAUCAGACUGGGAAAUGUCAGGUCCAGUCCAGGCAGUAUGGAACCGCUGGCAUUACUCAGUCUCGGGUUGGUGUGUCCCUGCUUGUUGCAGUAGAGUGUUUUUUCUUCUUCUUCUUUGGUGAUUUCUAUGUUCCGGAUUCGAACCUGUUACUUGUUGUUUGUAAUAGAUGGAUUAAAGUUACCACAAGAUAAUCACUGCUUUGGAAAUAACUUGUCACACUGUUCUGUAUUUCUUUUUCUUAGUACAUGUAAUAAAGGGGUAUGUUGUA